AUGUCCUCGACACUCCAGCGUCCUGGCUAUGAUGGGGAUUCCAGUGAGAAAAGUAGCGGGCCAUAUGAUCAGAAGAUGGUCAUAGAGACAGCCCCGGAUGACCCGAGGAUUGUGGCGGACUGGUCGCCAGAGGAAGAGACAAAGCUUCGACGAAAGCUGGACUUCAUACUGCUUCCGAUUCUUAUGCUCGGCCUCUUUGCCCUUCAGUUAGACAAGGGAAAUGUGUCCUAUGCCCUAACAACGUCAUUUACUAAAGACCUCGGGAUGGAUAACGACAGCGUAAACUAUGGCAACCAACUGAUGCUUGCCGCAAUCGUCAUCUUUGAGAUUCCCUUCAACAUGGUCUUAUCGCGAACAGGCCCCGCCAAAUGGCUCACGAUACAGGUCUUUGCAUGGAGCAUCAUCGCCACCGCUCAAGCAGCGAUCCACAAUCUUUCUGGGUUCUAUGCAACCAGAUUUAUGCUGGGCAUGUGGGAGGCUGGCUACCUCGCGGCAUCAUUGACGAUCUUGAAUUCCCUCUACACCCGUAAAGAAAUGGCCAUGCGGGUGACACUCGUCUAUAUUGGGAAUUAUUUUUCUGCCGGGCUCGGAGGGUUGAUAGCAGCCGCCAUUUUCCAUAUUCCAGAAUCAACGGGCCUGAAGCAGUGGCAGUGGCUCUUCAUCAUUGACGGCGUAUUCUCUCUUGCCGUUGGAGUCUUUUUCAUCCUCUUCAUGCCUCGGUCGCAGAAGAACACUCUCCCGCUGUGUGGAGUGAAAAGAUUCAACUUCUUCACCGAUAAAGAUCUCCAUAUUCUUAACAAUCGCGUUCUUCUCGACGACCCUCGAAAGGUGGUCGAGCUAUCAAGCAUCGGCUUGAAGACGGUUGCCCGUAUUCUGCUGACAAACUUCCCCAUAUGGGGUCACUUCGCCAUCAAUGUUAUAUCUCUGACGCCCAAGGGAGGAUUAGGCGUCUAUGCACCAACCAUCAUUAAGAAUCUCGGCUUCGACUCCAUCACAGCCAGUAAUUUAUCCGCCGUUAGCAGCUUCGGGGUGUGCAUCUUCGCUAUCCUCGUCGCGUGGAUCAGCGACAAGACAUCUUCUAGAGGACCUCUCUGUCUACUCUGCGGCGUCUACAAUCUCAUUUUCUCCGGGGUGCAGUAUGCCAUUGUCCGCCGCCAGGACGUCUGGCUCAAGUACGCCAUCCUCACCGUCUUUACCUCUGGCACCGCGGUAUCGCAGAGCAUCAAUGACGCCUGGUUCAGCGUCAACACUGCUGACCCUCAGGUUCGGUGUCUCGGGCUCGCAUUGGCGGUUGCGGGUUCCAAUUUAGGCGGACUCUCUGGUCAAAACAUCUUCGUCAAGGAUGAUGCCCCGUACUACUAUCACGGGUUCCUGAAGAUUCUCUGUAUCUAUGCGGGUAGUAUUGUACUCAUUGCGGGCAUGAUUGGUUAUUACAUGUAUAUAAAUAGGCUACUGGCUAGGAACACGCAGGAUGGCGAGGUCGUUACGAGCGAAGGAGUGAAGGCUGUCGUGGGGGAGUCUCAGUCCGCUGCCGCCAAGGUCAAGAAUCAGCUUUAG